AUGGCGGGUCCGGGGGGCUUCGAGGAUGCCACCGUGCUGGACUUCGUGGCCGACCUGUCCCUGGCCGCCCGCGGGGACCCCCUCGGAGGUGGACCGAGGCGGUGCGACCUCCCAGCCGGGGCGCCCUUUGGGGACGGUGCCCUCUGCUUUCGGGAGGGGCUGCCCAGGGGGCUGCCCCACUUCAGGGAGGGGGACGGAGAGGAAGAGGGCGGGGAGGAGGAGGAGGAGGAGGAAGAGGAGGAGGAAGAGGACGAGGACGAGGAGGAGGGAGGGGAGCGACUGAGAGGCGCCUCUCUGCUGGGCAGGCCCAAGAGGAAGCGGGUCAUCACCCAUGCCCAGCGCCAGGCCGCCAACAUCAGGGAGAGGAAAAGGAUGUUCAACCUGAACGAAGCCUUCGACCAGCUGAGGAAGAAGGUGCCCACUUUUGCCUACGAAAAGAGGCUGUCCCGGAUAGAGACCCUGCGCCUGGCCAUCGUCUACAUCUCCUUCAUGACCGAGCUGUUGGACAGCUGCAAGAAGGAAUCGAGCUAG